AUGCAUAGUACAGAGAUCCCAGAUCCUUAAAAAAUAGAAGAAGCAUUUAACAUAAUUAUGAACUCUAAAAAUCAAUAGAAUGGAAAAGAGGCAGAUUCCUAUUUGAGAAAUUUAGAAUAAAACUAUCCAUACAUUUUAGUGUCGCUAUUGUAGAUUUUUGAGAAUAGUUAGGUAUUUCUUUGCAUCAUUAUUUUUCUAAAGGUUUACCUAAAUAAAUUCUAAGCAUUAUUACUAAUUAAAAAUGUUAUAGUGAGAAAUUGGACUAAGUGUUAAAUAAAGGAUAGUCAAAAAUUCUAAAAUAUUUCAGAGGAAUUAAAAACUCAUGUGAAGGAUAAAAUAGUCUCAUUUUUGGGAGUUGUCUAAGAUGAUAAAUUCAAAACUGAAAUUAAUCUGAUCAUAUCAGUCAUAGCUAAGCAUGAUUUCCCCUUAAAAUUUUAAGGAUUGGUAAACUAUUUUGCUUAAGGACUUAAUACAAUUGUACAAAGUGGAUCUGCUAACUCUGCUAUGACUUAUGAUUUGAUUGUUUCCCUCAAAGUGGUUUAGUAAAGCGUAAUUUAAAAUAGAAAUACUGCUUUUAAACUAUAAUAAAUGCAAUUCUUUUUAGUUAUUUGGAAUAACCUACAGCAUCUUUGGAAGAAUAUUACCUCAAUAUAAUAACAAGAAUUGCAAUAAAAUAUUAACAAUUACUCCUUUGUUAAUAAAAUCUCUAAAAAGUUAGAUAGACUGUUAUCAUUAUCAAUAAUGUCCCUAAAUUAAGAAUAAGACCAAGAAAAAAUACAGUUAGUAUUUAUGUUAUUGUUGGAGAAAACAGCGAUUCUCUUAAAAAAUGUUUAGUAACAAAAGCUAUUAUAGCCAAAUCUUAAAACCUUGAUUCAUAGUUUAGGUAAUAUUUAAAGUCUUUUCUCAUUCAGUAUCAAUUAAGGUUUUUAAGAUUACUUAAUACUAUUAAAGUUAAUAAUAUAGAAUGAAUGGGAAGACACAAGAGUUUUAAGGACUGGUUUAAUUGGAAUCUUCAAAAUACUCAAGUCCUUAUUGUUUUUUAGAGAUGAACAAUUUUAUAAAAAGAAAUUAUAGGAGGCUAAUUCGGAGCAAUUUAAAUAAACAAUCCAAUCGAUUAAUUAACUCUUAAACUCGUUCUUUUAAGAAAACAUGUAAUUCUUUAUUGAAUAACUCAUAAAAAUUGCUGCCAUUCCAACAGACCUUAGUGAUGAGGAAUUGAUUGAAUAAGAAGAAGACUUAACAAUUGAUGACGCCAAAAAUGAAAUGCAAUGUCCAAUUUUUACUAUUUGUCUAAUAUGCUAAGAUCAAUUGAUGCAAAGAUUUCCAGAGCAAUUCAUUUAGAAAAUCACAGAAAUAAUGCAACAGUUAAUAAAUAGCAAUUUUAAUGCAAGUUAAUAAAUUUUGGAGAGCUUCUUUGCAAUAUUGGGAUCAACACCAAGAUUAACUACAAAAUUGAAAGUUUAACCAAUAUAAAUUCAACCUGUUUUAUAGUAUUUAAUAAAAACAAACACUAUUUAAUGCUAGAGAAGGUUUGCAUUCUUAUGUAGAAGCUAUUGUAAUUGUUUUAGCGAUUCUGAAUUACCUUAAAUUUUAGAAUAUGCUAGAUUAUUAUUAAGCAACUCAUAAGAUUAGAUAGUUUAAUAUUAAACUUUGAUGUGCAUCAAGAGUAUUAUUUAAUAUUUAGGCCCAAAUUUCGAUUUUAGAAAUGUAAUAUUUCUUGAAUAAGUUGCUCCUGUAAUUGUUAAACUAUUGUGCAAUUUAUAGAAGUCAAAUAUUUUAUGGCCAUUAUUAUCGUUGUUAGAAAUUUUAAUUUAAAAAUAUUCAGAAACUAAUGCAAAUUCGAUGUAAAUUUUGAUUAAAGUGAUUGAAAACUCAGAUAUAUUGAUAUUAAUGAAAACUAAAUCAUAAUUACUAAUAGGAGCCUUGUGUGAUAUGUUUUUAGCUUUAUUUGUGUCCUUUCCUUUAGGAACCAACUUGAGUCAUCUAUAUAAGUUAGCCAUAAUUCUGAUUGAUAAUAAUUUAGACUCAAAAGAAAACAACAUUUUUGAAUUACUGUAGUUUUUAUUACAAGAAUAUGAUCCCAUUUCAGACAACAAUUAAACAGGCAUCCUAUUUAGCAAUUUGUACUUAGCACAUGAGAAGGAGCUCUUGGAAGAUACAGAAUUUAAUCAUAUGUCAACAAUAUUAAGAAUAAUUGAAGAAUUGUUAUUGUUAAAUCUCAUUCAAUUGACACCAAAUAUCUUUAAUCUUCUAUAAGAACGAUUAUCAAUUGCUUAAUAAAUUGAUUGCUAUGAUAUUGCUAUGAUUUUAAAGAAGAGUUGCAUAAGUUUAUUGGAAACCAUAAUAUUGAAACAGUUCGAUAGCAUUACAGUUCAACAAAACUAAUAGAUCAUAGUAUUUUUAAUCUAAGAAUUGAUUAAGUUAAACGGAGGUGAUUAAAUCGAUCAGAUGUAUUACACUAUUUAAUACAAGAAUAAUAUUUUGGAAAUCCUCAAUAGAUUUUUACUAAAGGAUAUUGUUAGUAUGAUUUAGGUAUUAAAUACUGUUUCAAUAUCAGCAGAUUCAUACUUUAUUUUGUGGUAAGAUACUGCUUAACAUAUUACAAACAGGGGCAACAGAAAAAUAAAUGUCAUUUCUUAAUUGCUCUUCCUAAAAUAUCUUUCAAAACCUACCUUUGAGAAAGUGUUUUAACAUAUGCUCUCAGAAGCAUUCCCAGAAAUCGAUUACGAUUUCGAACUAAGAUCUAAGGAAUUUAGAGAUUUACAAUAAUAAAACAGAAAAAAAUUAAUCAAUUCCAGAUAAAGCAGACUGUCUAAAUAGUUUAGAAAUAACCAUAGGAAAGAAGUUUUAUAAGAACUUUGCUUAUAUGAUGAAACAUUUAAUCUAAGGUAGUUCUUCUUUUCAACAAUAUAGGAAUGCAUGAAACUCCAUAAUUACUCUGAAUUAACUUAGAUUAUCAACAUUCAGUCAGUAAUAGACAAGCUGAAUCAAUUGAUUAAUGAAAAAUGA